AUGAGUGACUUACAACGCAAGAAUGAUGAUGAAAGAGAUGAACUUGUUCAAGCUGGGAUAAGAAUCCCUGCCAUAUUCAAAAGACCUCCAACUUUCAACUAUGCUUUUUUUAUUCCACAUGUCAGUUUAGAAAGGUUUUAUUCCGCUGUUCAUCAAUGGACAUUACAAACUUCCGCAAAACGACGCAGCGUGGUAAAUUAUCGAUGUAAUACUGAAAUCAAUGAUAUGUCACUCGUUGUAUAUUGUGCCCUUUGCCGAUUGCUUUUUGGUAAUCGGUCAAACAUCCAUUCUUUAAGUUUGGAUCGGCCAAGCAGAAAUACUACUCCUUUAAUGGAUAAAUCUCUCGGAAUAGAUUUACAAGUUCGCAAUAUCAAGGAUUUAUCUAUUCGUUAUACCACCGAUUCCUUUCUUUUCGAAGCUUUACAUAAACAUGCUGUAAACAUUGAAAAUUUGACAGUGAUUAAAUCAUCAGAUUCCGGUUUAAGAAAUUUUGACGAUCAACAAUAUCUGUCGUCAUUGAUAUUUUCUCAACAUAAAUUGCGUCGAUUUUCGCUAACAUGUUAUGAUUCUGUUGAUGGCUUCACUUCAAAUGUUUUAAUACCACUUGCAAGUCAAGCUGAUACGCUCGUUUCCCUCAAACUUCACGGUAUUCCAUUUCCAAGUGAUUGUUCUAUUACAGCUUUGACAUCCUGUACGAGUCUUGAAGAAUUAGAGAUACGCCGUUGUCCCAACGGUCCUGGAUGCAGUUUGGCUGCAAUUCAAGCUAUAGAAUUACCGAAUCUUCGUAAGAUUCGUGUAAUAGAAUCUUCUAUCCUUUGGGGAACGUUUAUGGCUACAGUGAUCUCAAAGAAUCCAACAGACUUAGAGGAAGUAUUUUAUCAACCCUGGGAAGAUGAAGAACAUAACGUGAUGUCAACUUCAAUUAUACAAAGCAUUGCUCAAUGGCGACCAAAAUUACAAAAACUUGGUGUGGCUCUUAGUGUUGACGAAGUUCCAUUCCUUGAAGAAAUUCUUACGGGAUGUAAGAUUGAACAUCUCAGCUUAUUUUCCAUGGGUAAUCCUGAAGGUGAGAUGGAAAAGAUUUGGCCGGAAUUGGGUCAUCAUAUGCCUACCACUUUAAAACACCUAAAUGUAUGGAUUUUUAUUGGUGCGAAAUCAAUGGAUCAAUUCCUUCAAAAUACAAAAGCUACUUUGGAUUCAUUGUAUGUUGACGCUUGGGUCGAAGACUUUUUAUGUCAUCCUUAUAGUGAUGUUCUCACGCGUCACCUCAAAGAUAGACCCAUGGAUUUG